ACCUUCUUCAGCGGAGACUUGAACCUUGACACUUUACAGUUUGGAUGACAUCAUGCUCCAUGUAGUGUGUGAUUGAUUUGUUAUUUAUAUUAUUAGCGGAAGGGAGGACUUAUGGGAGUUUCCUUCUUAUAAUUUGAGCUUACUUACGUCCUUUUAUACAUAUGGUGCAGUGUUCGUAAUUAUUUCUUACCAUCGUUAAUGAAUCAUAGCGCGUUAUCAAGGACGCCGGCAAAUUGUAGGAAAGUUUGACGUAGAAAUAUUUUCGUGUGUGUGAUUUUAAUAGUGAAUGACCGAUUAGAUCCAUCAAACCGUCGCACAUCAUUGUUUUCGUCGUACAACAGUCCCGAUAAUAAUGGCUACUCACGAAGAGGAUAGAAGCGAGUGUUCCGCCGAGAUGGACGUCGAUAAUGAAGGAGAAGAAGCCGAGGAGCCCGACAAGAUAUUAAUAAUAGAUCCUGAUAGCGAAGAAUUGGAUUUUAAUCAUUCAAAACUGACAAAGUUAGAAAAUCUGGAACCACUGACACAAAUACGUAGAUUAUGCUUCACAUGGAACUUGAUUAAGAAGAUAGAAAAUCUCGAUAUGCUUACUACUUUGGUAGAACUAGAAUUAAGGGAUAAUCAAAUUGUGACUAUAGAAAAUCUGGAUGCUCUUGUGAAUCUAGAACUCUUGGACUUGUCAUUUAAUCGUAUUAAGAAGAUAGAAGGGCUGGAUAAUUUAUUAAAUUUGCAAAAGUUAUUCUUAUCAUCAAAUAAGAUUUCACAUAUUGAAAAUAUUUCACAUUUGAUAAAUCUUACAACACUUGAAUUAGGUGACAACAAAAUACGUGAAAUUGAAAAUCUAGAAGGUCUCCAAAAACUGACCAAUUUAUAUCUUGGUAAAAACAAAAUCACUAAGAUCCAAAACUUGGAGAGCUUGCAGGACCUCACAUUGUUAAGUCUCCAGAGCAAUCGUAUUACAAAAAUUGAGAAUAUUGAAGAAUUAAGAAAUUUAGAUCAAUUAUACUUGUCGGAGAAUGGUAUAAUGUACAUAGAAGGCAUAGAAAAUUUUCCAGGAUUAACAACUCUGGAUCUAGCAAAUAACAAAAUAAAAAAAAUUCAAAAUAUGGAUCAUUUAGAAAAUCUAGAGGAGUUCUGGAUGAAUAAUAACGAGAUCGAAGACUGGAACACAUUGGAGGGUUUAACAACCAACAAAAAAUUGCGGACUGUUUAUCUGGAGUAUAAUCCUAUCGCGAAAGACCCAAAUUACAGGAGAAAGAUUAUGUUAUUACUGCCGUGGCUCGAGCAGCUGGAUGCGACUCUCUGUAAGAGAAAAAUAUGCUAACAGUGGAGAGAAUAGCAGUAAGCUCAAAUGUAUGGCGCUUACAGAAAAAUAGCGCAAUUAUUUAUGAAGAAUAAAUCCAUGUGUCUUCGUCCAUGUGAUGAACGGAGAAAGAAAACCGUAUCGUUGUUAUUUCCGUUUGUAGCUUCAAAUAUCUUUGUAGAGCUAUUAUAACGAUACGCAGCUUAACGAUUAUACUUAUACACCUAAGAUGUAAUAGAUGUUAGACUGUUGUCGAACCAAUGUUGGUACUCCCUUAUGAUGGUUCGUUUCUCCAAAACUUUAUUUACUGUGAGAAAGAUACUCGAGUCUUGUUUUCUCCUACGACGAGCUAUGGAAGAAUAUAACGUUAUUCCAAUCCUAAUAUAUGUAUAUUUCUGCUCUCCGAUCUAAUCACACUAUUAUCUAUUGUAUUAUGCACUUCUGAUAAAAUUUGUUCAAUCUACAUAUACCUAUUAAUAAUAGUGAAAAGAUUUAGAUAGAUAUACACCUCUAAAUAGUGUCUCAGUUUAUCUACAAAAUAAUUCUUUCUGAAGUAUAUAUUUCCUUUUGAUAGUAUUGUCAUAUUAAGGAUUAAUAUAUUGUAAAAAUGAUGUUCUUUUAUAUUUUACAGCAGCAUAAGAAUGCAGCUUUUUUAAUUACUAUUUUAUUAAUUUGUCUUGGUAAUUAUUGUUGAAAUGUAAUGAUCAUUUGAGCUUAUAUGAAUAAACAAUUAUUGAAUGUCUCACUUGUA